GCUCGUUUUGUGGUGAAGAAGAUAAGAGAAAAUGCUGAGAACAACACUCCCAGUUGCACCGUCUUCUUCUUCGACGUGUUGUCUUUCAGUUUGCAGACCUUCAAUGCGGUCGCCGUCUCCGAACCUCUCUUCUGUUCGCAUCAAUGGCGACGAUACCAGUGCCUCCAACAUUAACAAUCCUUCUCGAAGACUCGCUCUCUUUCAACUUGGCACUGCUAUUCCUCAGUCUCAAUUUUUUGGAGCAAAAGCAUCGAACUUAUUGAAGGCAGAGAGAAACACAAUCGAAGGUAGUGCAAUUGAUAGAUCAGCAUUAGUGAGUACUGCAAUUAAGGAGCAAGAUGCAUUGGAGUGGGCCAAAAAUGACAUGAGAAGAAUGCUCCACGCCGUUUAUCGAGUUGGUGAUCUGGAGAAGACUAUAAAAUUUUAUACUGCAUGCUUAGGGAUGAAGCUUUUAAGAAAACGUGACAUACCAGAGGAGAGAUACUCUAAUGCUUUUGUUGGAUAUGGACCUGAAGAUUCUCAUUUUGCUGUAGAGCUUACUUAUAAUUAUGGAGUUGACAAGUAUAAAAUUGGAAAUGGAUUUGGUCAUUUUGGUAUUGCAGUAGAUGAUGUUGCCAAAACAGUAGAUCUCAUAAAUGCAAAACGUGGAAAAGUUAUCAGGGAACCUGGUCCUGUCAAUGGUGGCAAAACAAUCAAUGCUUUUAUUGAAGAUCCAGAUGGCUAUGAGUUUGAACUUUUGGAGAGGGGGCCUACGCCUGAGCCUUUAUGUCAAGUAAUGCUUCGAGUUGGCGAUCUUGAGCGCUCAAUAAAUUUCUACCAAAAGGCUUUUGGUAUGGAGCUUCUCCACAAAAGAGAUAAUCCUGAGGAAAAGUAUACAGUAGCAAUGAUGGGCUAUGGUCCUGAAGAUAAAACUGCUGUACUGGAACUGACAUACAACUAUGGGGUCACAGAAUAUGAUAAGGGAGAAGGUUACGCACGGAUUGCGAUAGGUACCAAUGAUGUUUAUAAGACUGCAGAAGCAAUCAAACUGUGUGGUGGAAAUAUUAUUCGUCAGCCUGGUCCCCUCCCAGGUAUCAACACUAAGAUUACUGCUUGCUUGGACCCUGAUGGCUGGAAAUGGGUCUUUGUUGACAAUGUCGAUUUCCUCAAGGAACUAGAAUGAGAAAAUUAUCAUAUUAACUGCCAUACCUGUUGAUUAACAAUUUUGCCCGUUAGAAUCUUGGCUCUGCCAAACCCCUUUUCCCUCUUGAGGGACCUCACUCACAACAGAACUUAACCAACAUCAUUUGUAGAUCUUGCUAUACAUUUUUUUUUUUU